UCCAAGCCAUCGCCAUUCUGAAUUCUGGGACACUCCAAAACAGAACGUUGCUUUCACCAUCUUGCCAUAUCCGGCUUCCUUCCAUCCUUGCCAGCUUUGGCACUUUGCUGGGUCUAUAAAACAACGUUAUGGCUGCUGCUUCUACUACAUCUCUCUCUACCGUCGGAUCAGUGAACAUAUCAUUAACGUUCAAUUUGAACACUUGUAAUGGAGCUGGACCAUCAGCGACGCCAACUUCUACCUUCUUCGGAAACACCUUGAAGAGCAAGCUAAGCUCCAAGGCCCCAAAAUCGUGUGGAAGUUUCAAGAUUUGGGCAGAGUGCGAUGAGAAGAAGCAGACGGACAAGGACAGAUGGAAGGGACUCGUCAGCGACAUGUCCGACGAUCAACAGGACAUUACGAGAGGGAAAGGAAUGGUGGACUCCCUAUUCCAAGCUCCCCUGGGUACAGGGACCCAUAACCCCAUCAUGACCUCAUACGACUACAUCAGCAAAGGCCUUCGCCAGUUUGACUUGGACAACAGCAUGGACGGUCUCUACAUUGCUCCCGCGUUUAUGGACAAGGUUGUGGUUCACAUCACCAAGAACUUUUUGGCUCUUCCCAACAUUAAGGUUCCGCUGAUCUUGGGUAUUUGGGGAGGCAAAGGCCAAGGGAAGUCGUUCCAGUGUGAGCUCGUCUUCAAGAAAAUGGGAAUCAACCCCAUAAUGAUGAGCGCCGGAGAAUUGGAGAGCGGGAACGCUGGGGAACCGGCGAAACUAAUCAGGCAGAGGUACCGCGAAGCCGCAGACAUAAUCAGGAAAGGAAAAAUGUGUUGUCUGUUCAUCAACGACCUGGAUGCAGGAGCUGGACGGAUGGGAGGGACGACCCAGUACACGGUGAACAACCAGAUGGUGAACGCCACUCUGAUGAACAUUGCUGACAACCCCACCAACGUCCAGCUCCCUGGGCAGUACAACAAGGAGGAAAACCCUCGAGUCCCAAUAAUCGUCACCGGAAAUGACUUCUCCACACUGUACGCGCCCCUAAUUCGCGACGGCCGCAUGGACAAGUUCUACUGGGCGCCCACCAGGGAGGACCGUAUUGGAGUGUGCAGCGGCAUCUUCCUCAUCGAUAACGUGCCCAUGGAUGACAUUGUUCGGCUAGUGGACACUUUCCCCGGCCAGUCCAUUGAUUUCUUCGGGGCGUUGAGGGCUCGGGUGUACGACGAUGAGGUGAGGAAGUGGAUCGGUGGGAUUGGUGUGGAGAACAUCGGGAGGAGGCUGGUGAACUCCAAGGAAGCGCCUCCGACGUUCGAGCAGCCCAAGAUGACGCUGGCCAGGCUGCUCGAGUAUGGCAACAUGCUGGUGCAGGAACAGGAGAACGUUAAGAGAGUUCAGCUAGCUGACAAGUACCUGAAAGAAGCAGCGCUUGGUGAUGCUAAUCAGGAUUCCAUCAACAAUGGAACUUUCUAUGGGAAAGCAGCUCAGCAAGUGAACCUCCCUGUUCCGGAAGGCUGCACCGAUCCUUCUGCCCACAACUUCGACCCCACGGCUAGGAGCGAUGAUGGGAGCUGUGUUUAUCAGUUUUAAGGUCUGUGCAUCAGCAAGUAAACACAAAACAAACGGUAAAUGACGGGGGAAUAAUCAGUAUUCACUAUCCCGUAAUCAUUUUGGAGGUAAUGGUGAAUUUUAGAUAUAAGGAAUUGCAUAAAGACAUAUAUAAUAUAAUAUUGGACAAAAUUAAAGUGAAGGAGGAUACUUUCUUUUGCUCUUUGGACUUGUCUGUUUAGUGCAACAUAACAGUGGAUGCUACUGAGCCUGUGGGCGUCAAGAUCCAACCAACUGACGCCAUAAUAAACAAACUUUUGAAAC